AUGGCUGAAGCGGCUUUUUUCUAUAGCACAACGCUCCAGAAACCUAACCGUUCAAAAGCACCAUCAACACAUACAAACUUAUCCAUACUUUCGCAAGCCCUACCCAUCCGACCAUUUUGCAGGAGCAAAAUCCCUCGAUCAAGAGCACCAUCAAAAUCAAGCUCAGAAGGAAACGACUUACAAGAAAUAGAACCCGAGCCUCCAGUUGCACUACAUAAUCUCCAACAAAUCCUCUCAUUCCCAAGCAGUCUCGUGGGAAGUCCGAUUUUCAAAAGCGAUAAGAGUACCGCUAACGGUUCUUUUUCCUUUUCCGAGGCAUUGAUAAACACCACUAGCUCGACACCGGAUGUGGGUAUGCUUUCAACCCCUUUAGUCAAUCACAAACACUCCGUAAAUCAAAGCAAUAAAGCCCGGGCCGCAGCAGAAGCAGAAGCGAAAGCGAAGCGCAAAUCAUCAUCGACCUCGGGCCAUUCAACUCACUACUUCAAAAAUGCAAGCGGAGUGGAACGGUAUGCCUCCACCAAUUCCGCCGCCCACCAGCAGCAAAGAGGAGAUUCAGAUUCCGCAGACAGAGCAGGUAGUAUUUCUAGCACAACAGGUUCGAGUCAAAUCUCGAAAAUAAAUUCGCGAGAUCGAGAUCAAGGUCGUGACCCGUCAGGGUCAUCAACAGAAGCUUCCAUGGCGCAACCAUUCACCAAACGGCAUGGUCGCCGAUAUCUGCGAGAUCCCUCGUUGGCAUAUCCCCUACCAUGCGAUCUUCCCGAAAUCCAUCGCCAGACUUUACGAACGAUGUUAUUAUGUCAGGUCUUCAAUGGCCCGACAUGUUCAUCAGCUUUCAACAGCAGACCCCCGAAACGAGUACUCGAGGUUGCUUGCGGCACAGGCUUUUGGAGUGUGAUGUGCCACAAACAUUUUGCGCAUAAAGGUCACUCCUCGAUACAAUUUACGGGUAUAGAUAUUGCACCGCUGGCUCCUCGCAUGGAUGCCGAUGAUGAUAUGAAUUGGCGUUUCGUUCAGCACGAUUUGCGAAAGACGCCCCUCCCCUUUCGCGACGAAGAAUUCUCACUUAUCAUGGUUAAGGACAUGAGCAUGAUAUUAUCUACAAAGGAUAAUGAACGCUCACAGGCUUUGAUGGACGAAUAUUUACGGAUAUUAAAACCUGGAGGAGUCCUGGAGGUUUGGGAUGGCGAUCAUACUAUUCGAAUGCUUUUAUCACACGCACCACCUGCCACGCAAGACGAAGACAAUUCUAAUCAAGCUCACAAACAAAUAUACACUAAUGCCAUGGGCGCAUACACUAUUACACCACAAACACCUUUAGCAACGCCACAAAAUCAAUAUCUUAUCGACUACAAUACAUGGAUAUCCAAAGCCCUCGAAACUCGAGGUUUACCCCCUAUGCCUUGUACAAGUAUCCGAGCUAUGCUGCUUCAAGAAGCCGAAGUCCUUGAACAAAUCGAAAGUCGAAGACUAGCAAUCCCGCUUGGUGAAGUACGUUGGGAGCGUGAAGGAGUCGGCGGACCCGCCACCUCCACUAAUGGACUUGACGGAUCGAGAGGCAAAGCCAAGGAAGCUGAUCGAAAGCAUCUUACACCAGGACAAGCUGCUCUUCGCAGAACCGCAUUGAUGAGCAUCAUACAACUGGUCCAGAGUCUGGAACCACUAUUGAAGGAAGCGAGUGGAAAAAAUAUGGACGAAUGGGAUCGUUGGCACGGAAACUUGAUGACGGAUUUAUUGAAGAAUAAUGGAACAUCUUGGGGAGAAUGCCUUGAAGUCGGUGCUUGGUGGGCGAAGAAAAAAGACCCGAAGUCUGAUUCGAGUAAUUGA